CGCAGACCGUGUAUGUAAGAGCGUGAGAGCGGGGAAGAAUUUUUUGGUUGCACCGACCCAUCCUGAGUAGAUGGAACGUGGCCGCAGUAGACACCGUAGAGGGGGCGGUGGUCGUAGGCCGUACCGGGGACGUGGCUCGGGAGGUGACCGGGAACAUGUGUACAGAGGACACAGGGGACCGGCCCGGGAGCACACAGGAAUCCCGGAGCCCAGGAACCAGGAUGUGGAGAAUGGCGGGGAGACGGCGGAAGUGAGUGAGGAGCGGACCGGCGGGUUCUCUAAGAGGAAACUUCUCUCUAACUGGGAUCGCUAUGAGGCGGCGGAGAAGCAGGAGGCGGCGGGGGGCAGUGAGGUGCUGAGGAGGGGAGAGGAAUACUCCGUACUGCUGAGCUCCGCCGGGGACUCGUACACUCAGUUCCGGCUCUCUGAGGAGAAGGAAUGGGGGAGCGGGACAGGGGAGACCCCGGGGUGUGCGGACUACAAGGUUCUCCUCACAGCUCUGCAGACUCUACCCCUACACAUCACCCUCAAUAUAGAGGAGGAGCUUGUACAGGAGGGCCUGCCCCAGGAGCUUCCUCACUUCACCACCAUGGGGGCCCAGCCUCCUCCCCCAAGGGCCACACCUUCCUCUCAGCCUCCUCUCCCAGGGGCCACGCCUUCCUCUCAGCCUCCUCUCCCAGGGGCCACGCCUUCCUCUCAGCCUCCUCUCCCAGGGGCCACACCUUCCUCUCAGCCUCCUCUGCCAGGGGCCACACCUUCCUCUCAGCCUACCACCUCAGGAGCCUCACCUCCCCACCAGACCCUGGACCAGGAGCUGGACUUCUUGCUGGGUCUGGAGGCCCCUGUCUUGGAGGGAAAGGCUGAGUCCCCUGUCCUGGACCCAGAACCUAAGGAACCCGAGACACCCACCAUGAUAGACAACGUGGAGGAGGAGGCGGCCAAGGCUGUCACUGCUGAGGAUCUGGAGGACUGGCUGGAUGCCAUGAUUGCCUGAGGAGGGUAACACAGCACAGAUGGGACUUCUAGUCCAAGGCACUCCAGAACUAGGACUCAUCUACCAACACAUGGGUGUCCUCACCUACACCUACACAUUGGCUUUGAAUGAAGAAAUAAGGGGACUUUCUCCAGAUUGUUACUGUCUAGUGAAGUCUGAUAAAACUAUGAAGAUUCCAUAAAAAGAAAAAUCAUGAGACUUCAUAUACUCCAUUAAAACAGAAGUAAAGUCCACAAUACCUUACCUUUUAGGGAUGAGCUCCGGUGUGUUCGCAUCGAACACGUGCAGAGCCUGCCAGGAAGUCGGCACCGCGCUGCGCUAAU